AUUAAAAAUUUCUGACUUACAUUAUUUACGUUUAGAACUGUGUAACCUUAGACAUUAUAUAUUAAAACCUGUGUGUCUAACUUAUUUGUAACUUUCGUACAUACAUUUCGUAUACAUUCAAGUCAAUAUGCCUGCAGCAUCUACGCAUUCAAUACUUCUAAAAAAAGAAAAUGUGCAUGAAGAUCCCAUUUACAGCUGUAAAUGGGCAAAAACGAACACAACUGGUGAUUCCAUGGGCAAUUUGAAAGACUUUAUAGUGACCGGAGGUUUGGAUGGCUUAGUUAAAGUAUGGCACUUUGAGAACAAUAAGUUAGAACUUAUGCACACUCUACAAGGACAUGCCAUGGCUGUUGUUUCAGUUGCGGCUAGUCCAGAUGGACAUACUAUAGCAAGUGCUUCCCAAGACUCAUGUUUGAUCAUCUGGGACCUGUUAUCAGGAAACAAAGUUCAUGAGAUAGAGACAGGGGCCACAGACGUGUGGUCUGUUGCCUUUUCUCCUGAUGGCACUCAGGUUGUCUCUGGCAGCCAUACAGGGAAGAUUUUUAUCUAUGGAAUACAGAAGGGAACCGCAGAUAGAAUGUUGGAUUCAAGAGGGAAAUUCGCAAUGAGUAUUGCUUGGAGUCCAGACAAUAAGUACAUAGUAAGCGGUGCAGUGGACGGUACCGUGUGCAUAUUCGACGUAGCUCAAGCCAAACUAUUGCACACAAUCGAAGCACAUACCCAUUCUGUUCGAAGUGUGGCUUUUUCGCCCAAUUCUCAACUAAUUGUGACCGCUUCGGAAGACGGGAAAGUGAAGAUUUAUAAUGUAGCAAGUGCCAGCCUCCAGUCAACCCUUAACCAUAAGACAUGGGUAUUCUCUGCUCUGUUCUCGCCGGAUGGCAGUCGCGUAGCCGCAGCGGCCGCCGACGGGACCGUUCAAAUCGCCAGUGUGGACAAGCUCAAAGUACUCCAUACAUUUCAAGAGCACACGGCCGCAGUAUGCAGUCUUCAGUUCAACACUACUGGCGAUAAACUUAUAUCCGUAUCUAAAGACAAGAGUUUAAUUCUAUAUGAAUGUCCCCUGCCUGUUAAAAAGAAAUAAAGUUAUUUAAAUUAUGUAAAAUUUUAUUGGAUUGUCCUACUUU